AUGGCCUUUACAGGAUUAGAUGAUUUUCAAGAUACCUCCAUAUUUUUUGAUAUAAAAUUUGGCGACAUCAAAAUUAAACUUGAAGAUUGUAUGCUGCGACCACUUGGUUCAAACUGUGUCGUCAAUGAACAUGGUGAAGCUGGUUUAAAUGACACCUUUCCUGGAAUUCUUUGUAAUAAAGAAAAACCGUUUAAACCACAUGAUUCUGUAAGAUUAAUUGUGAAAAAACAAGGAGCUGUUUCCUACUGGUUUAUGGAAUUACUUAUAACGAGUUUUGACAACUCAUGCGAACAAAAAGAGUCGAAAAAGUCGAUCUGGUAUUUAAAUUCCAAAGAGGGCCAGUUUGAUUUCUAUAUGGAUGAAAAUUACACUGUUCGUCAUAAUGGAUCCGACAUAUUCACGUUUAAGGACAAAGUGCCUUUAAAGUUAUGGUUUAAAAUAUUCAGAGCAGAAGUAACAAUGCAGACACUCGGUGAAAACGAUGCACUUGGUCAUUAUAAUAGACAUGGUAAAUCUCCCAAUAAUGUUAAUCCUGACGAUAGUCAUGCAUCGAGUUCUUCUGCUGGCCAACAUUCUGUGGACCAAACACAUACAAAACAACUUUUCUGA